GUGAUGCUUUGAGGAUGAUGGGGGAGAGAAGAGCGAGUCGAGCAGCUACCGAAGGGGCUAUUUAUUGCUCGAGGCCCCGGCUGUGGGGUGAUUCAAGAACGGGUAUUGGCAAGGGCUGAUCAGUUUUCCAUUUGUUGGAUGAAUGAACGGAGAGGAGACCAGAGACAGAGGGCAGAGCAGAGAAAGAGGAUCAGAUGACGGCAGGGUGGGUUGAUGUGGUUGGCCCGACGGUGGGCUGAUCCACGGAUGGAGAGCUGCAGAUGCUGGGAUUGUGGGGGUGGGCCGGCAAGUGACGGGCUGCUCCUCACUGCCUUCAUCUGCGAGUCUAUUGUGGUGUUACUUGGUGGCGUCAUGGCCCGUGGUAUCUUUGUCACUGGCACCGAUGGCAUCACCACUUUUCUUGUGCAGCUGCUGCUGCUGCUUAGGUUUGCUUCGCCUGUUACCCCCGGCUUGUCUUCCCCGCACCACUGGGCCAAUAAUCACCAGUUGCGGUUCCAGGGAUCGGCAGAGCUGUCGAUGCUGGUCCAUCCUCUUAAUUGGAUGUCAUCUCGCCUUUUUCCCUUGGUGGCGAGACACCUGUCUGGAAAAUUGGCCAGAGAGACCUGGCCAGAAAUGUUUCAAGUUGGCAAGUCUUCAACUGAGUACAAAGUUGUUUCUCCGCCCCUCGUAUUAAUGGGACCAAUUGGGACCAACCAGCUCGAUUUCAUCUAUUGGCCUGGGUCUCCAAAGUACCUGGCUUCUGAACCACUGGCAUCUUCUUAUUACUUUUUUAGGAUGUGAUGCCUGCACCUCGCUCUCUCUUGGACAUGCAGGAGUCGUGGCGGGUGCUG